CAACCACAUAAGAAGAAGAAGCGGGAGUAUGUGUAUGUAAUAGUGCAGUGACCUGACAGCCCAUCGACCUGUCUGCAGUGUGUAACGUAUUUGCCACAAUCUGGCGUUGCUAAUUAAAGCGCUCUAGCUUCUCUAUAACCCUUUUUUCCAACAGCCAAAUGAACCGAACGUUAACGUUGGAGAACGACAGUUGAUACUCUCGCGCACAGAAAUGGCAGACGAUGAAAUAGACUACAAUAUCGUGUUUCCAGAUGCGGGGACAUCGGAGAGACACUGGCAGGGGACAAAGGAGCCAGUUGUGAUUCUGUUGGGCUGGGCUGGUUGCAAAGACAAACACCUCUCCAAAUACAGCUCCAUCUACAAUGAACAGGGAUGUGUCACCAUCCGCUACACCGCUCCCUUGAAGACAGUCUUCAUCUCAGAGUCGUUUGGCUACAAGGAGCUGAGCAGUACGGCCCUUAAGUUGCUGGAGAUUCUCUAUGACUAUGAGGUGGAGAACAGUCCUAUUUUCUUUCACAUAUUCAGCAAUGGUGGCUUCAUGCUGUACCGUUACAUUGCAGAUUUGUUGCACAAUGAUAAACAGUUCAGUUCCUUGUGUGUGAUUGGGGCCUUAGUGGACAGUGCCCCAGGUAGUGGGAACGUCCGCGGGGCCCUGCGUGCACUGGCGGCCACCCUGGGGCCCAAAAUAACUCCUGUUUUAAGGUACGUCCUCUUGGCGCUAUUCGCAGUGACUGUUUUCCUGUUGCGAGUCGUGCUGUACCCCUUGACCAAGUACAUCCACAAGAACCACUAUGACGCCGUGCAGGAGCGUCCGCCCGCCUGGCCUCAUUUCUACCUGUACUCCCGAGCUGACCAGGUGAUCAGGCACACAGACAUCAAGGUCUUUGUGGAGACCCUGAAGCAGAAAGGCGUCCCGGUGGACAGUUUUGAUUUUGUUUCCAGUCCCCACGUUGGUCAUUUCCGGGACUUUCCUGAGCAGUAUGCUCUGAAGUGCCGCAGUUUCCUGGUUGCUUGCAUGAAGGACUUGGAAGGGAACGAGACAAAGAAGAGACAGAGGGUUCCGAAUCAAUGAAACGCGGAGAGAAGCUCACACGAUUUUGCUAACCCUCUGUUAAGCUGUCUUGCGAAGAAAAUCAGACCAAAUCAGACCAACUUGGUUUUUCUCAGUGGUCUGAAAAAUCAGUUAGAAAAUGAGGCUGACAUUUUUUUGCAGGACUGCUGGAAUUUGAGCUGAACUAGUACAAGAUCUCAAUGCUUUUCUGUCCCAGUGCACAUAAUGGCAAAGUUCCACACAUGUGGUCUAGGUGUACUAAUCCAUGUCUAGAAAACCAGCCAUAUGAAAUACUGUAAUUCAUAUACCCCUGAAGUGUGUGGCCUAACCCUGCCAACUCCAAUGUUUUUGCAACAGUCAUAUACUAUAUGUAAAAAUAACAAUACAAACAACAUUGGAAAAUAAAUCCUUUAGGAUAAUUUAAAUAUUUAAUAUUGAUGUGAAAUGUGAUGCAUUGUACAUUAGUAGUAGUGAUUCUAAAUCUGAGGCUGUAUUGGAUAAUCAUUUAUAUCUUCUAUUUAUUACAUUUACAAUGUAUAGUUUUAAUCUAACAAUUUGUCAUUAAUAUUAGAUCACAAGGGCACUUAAAAUAAAGGCGACAAAAUUCAAAAAGGAAUUAAAAAAGAAAUCUCAAUUGUUGCCUUAAUCAGACUUUUUUUUUUUUGGGGGGGGGGGGUCCAUAAAUUGUAGAACACCCAGCCCUAAUAUGUGAUACACAAUUGAUUUAGUUCAAGGAAAAUGUGAUUGACAAUGAAUGUAUAUGUCCAGAACAACUAUUGUGUUCUUUUUUUACUGAUGUGCCUUCAAUAAAGUAGAAUGCUCAUA